AUGACUGGCGAACGGGCGAGAGCGGACGGGUCGACGUCCAGGGCGAACGCGGGGGGCGUUCCGUCGGGAUCGAAGCGAGAUGAGAUCGAUCGUGUGCGGAAAUCGCUUCCGAUAGCGCUCGCGAAGACGCGAUUGAUGGAGGAGAUUAGGAAGAGCGAGACGUGCAUCAUCAUCGGCGAGACGGGGAGCGGAAAGACGACGCAAAUUCCGCAGUACGUGUACGAGGACGAGACGCUCACGAACGGGCUCAUGAUCGGGGUGACACAACCGAGACGAGUGGCGGCGGUCUCUGUCUCGCGCCGCGUCGCCGAUGAAACUGGCACGGAGCACGGGAAGCUCGUCGGGUACGCCAUUCGGUUCGAGGAUGUGUCGAGCGAAGAGACGCGCAUCAAAUUUCUUACGGACGGUAUGCUCCUCAGAGAGUCGGUUAUCGAUCCUUUACUCUCCAAAUAUGGGGUCAUCAUGAUCGAUGAGGCGCACGAGCGCACGCUUCAGACGGAUUUCUUGCUCGGCACGAUUAAGGGGGUGCAGAAGCUGCGGAGGAAGUCGGUUGAGGACGCUCGUGGCCGAGUGCUGCCGCCGCUACGGGUCAUCGUCAUGUCUGCCACGCUCGAGGCUUCGACGUUCAGCAAAUUUUUCGACGGAGCACCCGUUGUCUAUUCUCGCGGGCGAACGUUUCCGGUCGACAUGUUCUAUACCGAGGAACCCGAGGAGGACUACUUGGACGCGGCGAUGUGGACAGUUUUGCAAAUCAACAAAGAGGAGGCGCCCGGAGACGUGCUCGUGUUCUUAACCGGUCAAGAAGAGAUCGAAACCUUGGGUAAAAUGCUUCGCGAGAGAGCUUCGAAGCUUCCCGCGAACGUGCCGACGCUGAACGUCGUGCUUUUAUUCGCCGCUCUACCGCCUGAGGAACAGAUGAGAGUCUUCGAGCAAACGCCUACGGGAACGCGCAAGAUCGUCCUGGCGACGAACAUCGCGGAGACUUCGCUUACGAUCAACGGUAUUCGAUACGUCGUAGACUCUGGGUUGAGCAAGAUGCGCACGUAUCACCCUCGAAGCGGUGUGGACGAAUUGUUAGUCAGCCCCAUAGCGCAGAGCCAGGCGCAGCAGAGAGCGGGUCGUGCGGGACGAGAGGCGCCUGGGAAGUGUUUCCGCCUCUACACAGAAGAUGUCAUGCCGAGCCUGCCAAAAUACGUGAAACCGGAGCUGUUGCGCACAAACUUGAGCGGGGUCGUUUUGCAGCUGAAGGCCAUGAAUGUGGACGACAUUUUAUCGUUUCCUUUCAUAGAUUCGCCCCCUAAAGAGGCACUGUUACGCUCGCUUGAAUUGUUGUACGCACUAGAUGCUUUAGACGACGAGGGGAAACUGAACGACGUCGGACGAAAAAUGGCGAGAUUCCCACUGGAACCAAUGGCUGCGCGUUGCGUAAUCGCAGCCGAAAAGGAGGGAUGCACGAUCGAGACACUCGCGAUUCUCGCCAUGCUAUCGACGGACAGUGUGUUUUACUUCUCUAGAGACUCUAACGGGCAGAAGAACGUCGCCAGGCACAAACUGAUGCGAAAGGAGGGAGAUCAUUUGACGCUUUUGAGAGUUUUCAACGAGUUUUCGGCCUGCAGCGCGAAACGAAGUCGCGAUUGGUGUCGAGAACACGAGGUGAAUCACCGAGCUAUGACAAAAGCGGCCAAAAUCAACGAGCAAUUGACUCGUUCUGCUUUAACGCUUGGAAUUAAAUUAAAAUCAUGCGAUGACAACUUUGAUGCCGUACUACGUUCGCUUGUAGCCGGCUUUUUCAUGAAUAGCGCAUCUAAGGACAUGGACGGAGCGUACAAAGUGUUUACGACGGGUCAGAAGCUCACGAUUCAUCCGAGCUCGGUGAUGUUUCAGUCGCCACCUGAGACGAUUCUCUUCAACGAAUUAGUAAGGACCAGCAAAAUGUACGCUCGAGAUGUUUCGAGCAUCAAGCGGUCGUGGCUGUCGGAGUUGGCGAGCAAAACGUUCGCAAAGCGCGCAAGGCCGCAAUAG